AUGAUGGCGAGCGGUAUGACUGGCCGAUGGUCAGCGCCGAGUAUCCUCCCUCUCUUUCUCCUCCUGCUCCUGGUGGGAGGAGGCGUCUCAGAAGAGGCCUGCAAGACAGCAGCGCAGGGGCAGCAGUGCAGCUCCCCCAUCUUCUACGGGGUCGAUGUUCUCCUUGACAGUCACACGGUGCUGUUGACGGAAGGGACGGAAGAGGAGAUACAGUCUUCUGACUGGAACGGAAGGUUUCCAAUGCACCAUGUGGCGGAGGACGACACGUGUAAGGUGCUGGGGCUGGAAGAGCGGGAUGCUGCGGUCCGAGUGUGGGAUGCGUUCACGUUCUUCAAUGAGGUCGAGAUUCUCAAGGUUCGGCUCAAUACGCUGCGAGACGUUGUGCACAAGUUUGUUCUGGUCGAAGCGACACGAACUCACUCGAACAAGCCAAAGAGAUUGUUCUUUGACGAACAGAAACACAUCUUCGAUGAGUUUUCUUCCCAGAUAGUCCAUGUUGUAGUUAAUGACCUGCCAGAUAGUGAAGAUUCGUGGUUGUUGGAGCAUUUUCAAAGGAACGCGAUCACAAGAGGGCUCGCAUCUCCACAAGACCUCGUCAUCGUCAGUGACGUUGAUGAAAUCCCCACGCCGCACGCUAUCCGUAUCCUCAAAGAGUGUGAGGGAUGGGACCAGAGUGGGCCGAUUCAUUUUUUCACGAGAUUCUACAACUUCAAGUUCACUUGGCAGUUUGAGGCCAUGUGGUUCCAUCCACAGGCCUCCACCUACGACUGGAUCACAAGGAACUCUCCUCAGACCCUCCGCAUGUCCAGGACGCGCCCCUCCUUCCUCCGUCUCGACGAUGCCGGGUGGCACAUGUCCUUCUUUGCAGACCCUGAGAGGAUCAUGGAGAAGAUCAGGGCCUACGCGCAUCAGCAAGCAAAGGAAUUUAACCGGCAGGACAUGCUAGACAAGGAAGCGAUAACGCAGGCCAUAGCCAAUGGGACUGACUACUUCUAUGCCCAUGGGAAGGGAGAAGUUCGCUUCGGGUUGCUCUUCCACAACCCGACGUGUCACGGGCUCCCAGAGUUUGUCGUUAGGAGGGCCGAGUAUGCGAACUGGCUACCGGAAGAGUGCCAGCAACAGUGA